CAGCUUUACACCAUGGGCUGUAUUAAAACUAAAGGCACCUUAUCGGGCUCAAACACCAUUUUGGACGAUGGAAGCAAAGCCCUUGGAGCCUAUAACGGGGGCUACGGUGGAGAUGCCCCUCUUAUCCAUGGAAAGCCUGUGGUGACUUCUUCCAUGAGCACGGUCAUCCUGGACUUCGCUCACCGCCUCUCCCAAGAGAUUCUGGAUCAGGCCAUGACGCGGUGGGCAGUGACUGAAAGCAAAUACAGUGACAUCCCCUUCAUCGAAAGUGACAUGCCAUGA